AUGGAGCUCUGUUUGGAAACAAGAUACAAUAUCCAAGAUUUGAUUCUCUACUCAUCAAUGGGGCUCGACCUCAUGACCUGCGAUGAUUUGCUCUUCUGUGAGCCGGAAGGCAAGAUCACUCAGUUCAGUGACAUGUCUGAGGGGAACAGUUAUUCCAAUGGCGGAACCGAUGUAAGUGACAUUAGUUCAUGCUGUACAGAGGCUUAUCAGCAGGGCUUCCUAAAUUCUGAGGAUGCUAAUAAUUUCAUGGAUUUUGCCUUGGAUUUCGAAGAUCCAAUACUAGCAGAGCCUGUAGAAUUACUUGAAACUCCUCAAGUAAUUCUUCCCUGGCAAAUUCUUGACGAAGCAGAGAGCAGCAGAUUUACCGUGGAAAAUCUGUUGAAAGCCUGGGCCGAGGCUCUGGAAAGGGAGGCGUGGGAAUUGCUCAAAGUCAUUAGCAAUCGUCUUCAACGGAGGGUUUCGGUUACCGGAACUCACUGGGAGAGAGCUGCGUACUAUUUUGUUAACAGUCUGAGUCCUCCGGAGGCGCCGGGACGUGCAGGACACAGACUAAUGGAAGAGAUUUGUAAAGAGGCCUCUGCAACGGCGUUUCAGGCUCUUUACGAACUCUUCCCUUACGCAAGGUUCGCUCAUUUUACGGCGAACCAGAGCAUCCUGGAGUGUUUUGCCUCCAGCAAUUCGAGGAAAAUUCACAUCGUUGAUUUUGAUGUGAGGGAGGGUUUGCAGUGGCCGUCAUUAAUGGAAGCUCUGGCCGCUCAGAGCGGGAAAAGAUCGUUGCAACUGCUUCGCAUAACGGCCGUGAAAUGGGAGGACGACGCUGGCGUGGGAUUCAAAGCGGCGAGAGCGACUCCUCGCAGGCUUUCCGGCGCCGCUGCUGCCCUCGGAAUUCCCUUCUUGUACGAAGAAAUCAGAUUACAGGACCUCCGGCAACGUCUUCUUUGGGAGGAGCCUGAUUUUUGCCUAGUAUUCAAUAUGAUGCUCGAUUUGCCACAUAUGCCGUGCCAGCGAAGCGAAGAGGAAGCGCUCAAGUUUCUGUCACUGACCCGCCAUUUGCCCCUCCCACCGGCAAUUCUGACGUCAGCAUCGCCGGUUAUCCACAAUGGCCACGUUAUCGACACGGUGGACUACUUCUGCGCCAUGCUGGAAUCUCUGGAAUUCGGUCUGCCCGGCGAGGGCUUGGCAAUGGCCACACGUGUGAUGGAGCACAUCUUCAUCGCUCCCAAGAUCAGGUCAAGGGUUUCGUCUUCGCACGGCAAAGGAUUAAUGGAGGACAAGCUACGGCAACUUCCCAGUCAGUGUGGAUUCAGCGACGCAGGCAUUGAGACGAGCGAAGAGAAAAUGGCGCAGGCCUGGGAGGUGGUCGGAUUGAACAGAGGAUCGCAGAAUUACACAGUAGAAAACUACAAGAAUGAAAUUAUUCUGAAAUGGCGCAAUAGGCCUCUAGUGUCUUCUUCCGCCUGGAGAUGUUUUGUAUAA